CUAAACAAAAAAGCAGUGUCAUUUAUUCUAAGAGAUAACUUCUUAAAGGUUAAAGCUGAAAAAAUUCAAGUUAUUUUUGGAUAACAACUUACAGAGGCCAAAUGACAUAGGAUGAAGGCUGUUCGUAACCUGCUGAUUUAUAUAUUUUCCACCUAUCUCCUGGUUAUGUUUGGAUUUAAUGCUGCCCAAGACUUCUGGUGUUCAACUUUGGUGAAGGGAGUCAUUUAUGGAUCGUAUUCUGUAAGUGAAAUGUUUCCCAAAAACUUUACAAACUGCACUUGGACGCUGGAAAAUCCAGAUCCAACCAAAUAUAGCAUUUACCUGAAAUUUUCCAAAAAGGACCUUAGCUGCUCUAACUUUUCCCUCUUGGCUUAUCAGUUUGAUCAUUUUUCCCAUGAAAAAAUAAAGGAUCUUUUAAGAAAGAAUCAUUCUAUAAUGCAACUCUGCGAUUCCAAGAAUGCUUUCGUUUUUCUACAAUAUGAUAAAAAUUUUAUUCAAAUACGUCGGGUGUUUCCAACUGAUUUCCCAGGAUUACAGAAAAAAGGGGAAGAAGAUCAGAAAUCUUUUUUUGAGUUUUUGGUAUUGAACAAGGUGAGCCCAAGCCAGUUUGGUUGCCAUGUAUUAUGCACUUGGUUGGAGAGCUGCUUAAAAUCAGAAAAUGGGAGAACAGAAUCAUGUGGGAUCAUGUAUACAAAAUGCACCUGCCCUCAGCAUUUGGGAGAGUGGGGGAUCGACGACCAGUCGCUGGUUUUGUUAAAUAACGUGGUGUUACCCCUGAAUGAGCAGACCGAGGGCUGUCUGACCCAGGAGCUGCAAACCACCCAGGUCUGCAAUCUUACCAGGGAGGCCAAGCGACCGCCCAAAGAAGAAUUUGGAAUGAUGGGAGAUCAUACAAUUAAAAGUCAGCGACCUCGAUCUGUUCAUGAAAAAAGGGUCCCUCAGGAGCAAGCUGAUGCUGCUAAAUUUAUGGCACAAACUGGUGAAUCUGGUGUGGAAGAGUGGUCCCAGUGGAGCACAUGCUCAGUUACUUGUGGUCAAGGGUCGCAGGUGCGAACCAGAACUUGUGUAUCACCUUACGGGACACACUGCAGCGGCCCAUUAAGAGAAUCAAGGGUUUGCAAUAACACUGCCCUCUGUCCAGUACAUGGAGUAUGGGAGGAGUGGUCACCAUGGAGUUUAUGUUCAUUUACAUGUGGUCGAGGCCAAAGAACAAGAACAAGGUCGUGCACACCUCCUCAGUAUGGAGGAAGGCCAUGUGAAGGACCUGAAACACAUCAUAAGCCUUGUAAUAUUGCUCUGUGCCCAGGUGAGCAUAUUCUAUAUAGAUGGAAACUAUCGAAAUGCAGAGGGCCAUGGGCAGAAAGCAGAGAGUGCUAUAACCCUGAGUGUACAGCAAAUGGUCAGUGGAAUCAGUGGGGUCAUUGGAGCGGAUGUUCCAAAUCCUGUGAUGGCGGCUGGGAAAGGCGAAUGAGGACUUGUCAAGGUGCUGCAGUAACAGGGCAGCAAUGUGAAGGCACAGGUGAAGAAGUGAGAAGAUGCAGUGAGCAACGUUGUCCUGCACCUUAUGAAAUAUGCCCAGAGGAUUAUCUGAUGUCGAUGGUGUGGAAAAGGACCCCAGCAGGUGACUUGGCAUUCAAUCAGUGCCCGCUGAAUGCCACAGGCACCACUAGCAGACGCUGCUCUCUCAGCCUUCAUGGAGUGGCCUUCUGGGAACAGCCGAGCUUUGCAAGAUGCAUAUCAAAUGAGUACAGACACUUGCAGCAUUCAAUCAAAGAACACCUUGCUAAGGGGCAACGAGUAUUGGCAGGUGAUGGAAUGUCCCAGGUGACCAAGACACUGUUGGAUUUAACUCAGAGGAAAAAUUUCUAUGCAGGUGAUCUUCUGAUGUCUGUGGAAAUUCUCAGAAAUGUAACAGACACAUUUAAAAGGGCAAAUUACACCCCUGCGUCUGAUGGUGUCCAGAACUUCUUUCAAAUAGUUAGCAACCUUCUAGAUGAAGAAAACAAGGAAAAAUGGGAGGAUGCACAGCAGAUUUAUCCUGGCUCAAUAGAGUUAAUGCAGGUGAUUGAAGAUUUUAUACACAUUGUUGGAAUAGGGAUGAUGGACUUUCAGAAUUCAUACUUAAUGACUGGAAAUGUAGUGGCUAGCAUUCAGAAGCUUCCUGCAGCCUCUGUUCUAACAGACAUCAACUUCCCAAUGAAAGGACGAAAGGGAAUGGUUGACUGGGCAAGAAACUCAGAAGACAGAGUAGUCAUUCCAAAAAGCAUUUUUACUCCUGUGUCAUCAUCAAAAGAAUUAGAUGAAUCAUUGGUAUUUGUUCUUGGAGCAGUCCUGUACAAAAACUUAGAUCUAAUUUUGCCCACUUUGAGAAAUUACACUGUCGUUAAUUCCAAAAUCAUCGUGGUCACAAUAAGGCCUGAACCCAAAACAUCUGAUUCGUUCCUGGAGAUAGAACUAGCUCAUUUGGCUAAUGGUACUUUGAAUCCCUAUUGUGUGUUAUGGGAUGACUCAAAAACGAACGAGUCUUUGGGAACGUGGUCCACCCAGGGAUGUAAAACUGUGCUUACCGAUGCAUCCCAUACGAAAUGCUUAUGUGAUCGUCUCUCUACCUUCGCCAUUUUGGCUCAGCAACCUAGAGAAAUAAUCAUGGAAUCCUCUGGUACACCUUCAGUUACCCUAAUAGUAGGCAGUGGCCUUUCUUGCUUGGCCUUGAUCACCCUCGCAGUUGUCUAUGCAGCAUUAUGGAGGUACAUACGCUCUGAAAGAUCUAUAAUUCUAAUUAACUUCUGCCUGUCUAUCAUCUCAUCCAACAUCCUCAUACUGGUUGGACAGACUCAGACACAUAAUAAGAGCAUCUGUACAACCACAACUGCAUUUUUGCACUUUUUCUUCCUGGCUUCAUUCUGUUGGGUUUUGACUGAGGCGUGGCAAUCAUAUAUGGCUGUAACUGGAAAAAUUAGGACACGGCUUAUAAGGAAACGUUUUUUGUGCCUUGGAUGGGGUUUACCAGCAUUAGUAGUGGCCACAUCAGUAGGCUUCACAAGGACGAAAGGAUAUGGCACUGAUCACUACUGCUGGCUCUCUCUUGAAGGAGGACUACUCUACGCUUUUGUUGGACCUGCAGCCGCUGUUGUCCUGGUCAACAUGGUGAUUGGCAUUUUGGUAUUUAAUAAACUUGUUUCCAGAGAUGGGAUCCUAGAUAAAAAGCUCAAACACAGAGCCGGUCAGAUGAGUGAGCCUCAUAGCGGUUUGACGCUCAAAUGUGCCAAGUGUGGAGUAGUUUCAACAACAGCUUUGUCAGCCACCACCGCCAGUAACGCCAUGGCGUCUCUCUGGAGUUCCUGUGUGGUGUUGCCCCUUCUGGCUCUGACGUGGAUGUCUGCAGUUCUGGCCAUGACAGACAAACGCUCCAUAUUGUUUCAAAUACUUUUUGCUGUGUUUGAUUCAUUGCAAGGCUUUGUGAUAGUCAUGGUCCACUGCAUUCUUCGGCGAGAGGUUCAGGAUGCAUUUAGAUGCCGAUUGAGAAACUGUCAGGAUCCCAUCAAUGCUGAUUCUUCAAGUUCUUUUCCUAAUGGGCACGCUCAAAUAAUGACAGACUUUGAAAAGGAUGUAGACAUUGCCUGUCGAUCAGUUCUUCAUAAGGAUAUUGGUCCUUGCCGAGCAGCAACAAUAACAGGAACACUCUCUAGGAUUUCUCUAAAUGAUGAUGAAGAAGAAAAGGGAACAAAUCCUGAAGGGCUUAGCUAUUCCACACUGCCUGGAAACGUCAUUUCCAAAGUCAUUAUCCAGCAACCCACGGGUAUGCAUAUGCCCAUGAGUAUGAAUGAGCUGGGCAAUCAGUGUUUGAAAAAAGAAAACAGUGAAUUGCGAAGAACUGUGUACUUAUGUACCGAUGACAAUUUGAGAGGAGCUGAUAUGGACAUAGUCCAUCCUCAAGAAAGAAUGAUGGAAAGUGACUAUAUCGUGAUGCCCAGAAGUUCUGUAAAUACCCAGCCAUCAAUGAAAGAGGAAAGCAAAAUGAAUAUUGGUAUGGAAACCUUGCCACAUGAAAGGCUAUUGCACUACAAAGUGAAUCCGGAAUUCAACAUGAAUCCACCUGUCAUGGACCAGUUCAAUAUGAACUUAGAUCAACACCUUGCACCCCAGGAACAUAUGCAGAAUUUGCCCUUUGAGCCUCGCACAGCUGUGAAGAAUUUCAUGGCCUCUGAGUUGGAUGAUAAUGCAGGACUAUCAAGAAGUGAAACUGGGUCAACGAUAUCAAUGAGUUCAUUAGAGAGAAGAAAAUCACGAUAUUCAGACCUUGACUUUGAGAAGGUCAUGCAUACAAGGAAGAGGCAUAUGGAACUGUUUCAGGAGCUGAAUCAGAAGUUUCAAACUUUGGACAGAUUUCGGGAUAUACCAAAUACAAGUAGUAUGGAAAACCCAGCACCAAACAAGAAUCCAUGGGACACUUUCAAAAACCCCAGUGAAUACCAACAUUAUACCACAAUCAAUGUCUUAGAUACAGAGGCAAAGGAUGCUUUGGAACUGAGGCCAGCAGAGUGGGAGAAGUGUCUGAAUUUGCCUCUGGAUGUGCAAGAGGGUGACUUUCAAACAGAAGUUUAACAAAAUCAAAAUGGACUGAGGUGGAUAUGAAACAAUUUAUUGCACUGACACUUAAGACUUGGGAAGCCUGACAUUUCUAUCUGGACAGUGUGACUAUCCUAUGUCAGGACCUUCAUGUGCCAAAUGUCAGUGAUGUUUGCAUAUGGUAACUUCUCACUAGUAAGGCUAGUGGAGAGAGGACCAGGUGUACAGUUCUGACCAUCCUGUGUUGUAAGUACCCGUGGAAUGGAUUUGUAAGGUAAUCUUUAUAGAUAAACCUCAAGCAACGAUUCAUGCUGUAACCGCUUCAUAUGGUUUAGUUUUCAAAAAACUUCACCAUGAAGCACAAUGUAUAUAUUUAUGCAGUUUUUAAAGUUUAUAACAGUCUGUUUGGCCAUUACUACACUUUUUACUUUAUAAUAUAAAAGCAAAGUUUUUGUCAUUAAAUGAAUGUUUGUUGAGCUACAUUCUUCAUUGCUUUAAAUGCAAUAAAGUAAUAAUCUCACUUUUAUAUGAAUAAUAUAUUUCACAUCUUUAUUAUUGCAGUUUUCUCUAGAAAGCUCUGAGUAGCUUUCUCUGCUGCAACUGUGUAUAAAAUAUUUAAAAUGUUGUAUGGUGUAAAUAAA